AUCUAGAGAGGAAACCUAUCUGAGGUGUCAGUGUCCUCCGAGAAGGAACAGAGAGGUACAGCGAUGGAGCUCUCAGUGUUUGUUUCCGCUUUUUUGCUCUGUGUUGUCAAUGCUGGGAUUCCUCAUGAUGGAAUACACUGGACAUACGCAGAGGGAGCUUUGGACCAGAUGCACUGGCCGACCAAGUACCCCGCAUGUGGCGGUAAGAAGCAAUCCCCCAUCGACAUCCAGCGGCGCAGGGUCAGACACAACCCAGACAUGUUACAGCUGGAGCUGAACGGUUAUGAUGCUCAGAAAGGGACUUUCCUCAUGUCCAACAACGGGCACUCAGUUCAAAUUGACUUGCCUCCCACUAUGGUGAUCACCAAGGGUCUCCCAGGAAAAUACACAGCUGUCCAGAUGCACCUGCACUGGGGCGGCUGGGACCUGGAGGCCAGCGGAGCGGAGCACACUGUCGACGGCAUCCGCUACAUGGCAGAGCUACAUGUUGUCCAUUAUAAUUCUGACAAGUACAAGAGCUUUACUGAGGCCAGAGAUAAGCCGGAUGGGCUGGCAGUGCUUGCCUUUUUCUAUGAUGAUGGACAUUUUGAGAACACCUACUACAGCGAUUUCAUCUCCACCCUUGACAAAAUCAAGUAUGCAGGUCAGUCCAUGAACAUAUCGAACAUUGAUGUGCGCUCCAUGCUGCCCGAGAACCUCAACCAUUUCUUCAGAUACCAAGGCUCCCUCACCACUCCACCCUGCUACGAGAGCAUCCUCUGGACUGUGUUUGAUACACCCAUCACCCUCUCACAUAACCAGAUCAGGAAACUGGAGAGUACUCUGAUGGACAUGGACAACAAAACCCUGUGGAACGACUAUCGCAUUGCUCAGCCCCUGAACGACCGUGUUGUGGAGUCAUCUUUCUUGCCACGCCUUGGCAAAGGAACAUUUUGUCGGCAAGAUGAAAUUGAAUCGAGGCUUCAUAAGAUCGAGGGUCUGAUAACAUCUCUUGGAAAACACAUGCAUUCAGGUGGAUUUCGCAACCCAAGACCAGCCACAUAUGAGAGUCGUGGUCUGUUUCCUCUGGUGCUUAACUUCCAGGAGCAAAAUGCUGGUAGUUAUGCUUUAGCCCGCCUCAGCCACCCCAUGGACCUGAGUGCCUUCACUGUCUGCAUGCAUGUCCUGCCUCAGCUUAAGGGGCUCCACACCGCUAUCUCCUAUGCCAGUAACGGCAAUGACAACGAGCUGAUGAUCUCCAUCAGCGAAGACCGGGAUGCAAAAGAGGUGGGCCUCUGGAUUGACAAUGAGUUUAUCAACCUGCCGCACAACUUCAGGUCCCACGAUUGGGCUAACUACUGUAUCACCUGGUCGUCCAACAACGGCGGUGUGCAGCUGUAUAUCAACGGUAUGGUGGGGGAGCAGCAGCACCUGAAAAGUGGUUACACAAUCAGCCCUGGCGGGGUGUUCAUCCUGGGCAAAGACCAGGAUGGAUUACUCGGCAUCUCUAACGCGAACGCCUUUGUGGGUAAGAUGACUGAUGUCAACGUGUGGGACUAUGUGCUGACCACAGCAGACAUCCGGGACCAGAUGUCAUGUGAAAGGAACAGCACCAUGGUGGGAAAUGUGUUCAGCUGGGGAACCACCCAACUGAGUCUGUAUGGGGGGAUAGAGCUAGACAGUCAGUACAGAUGCUGAAGAGGCUCAGCUGCUUCUGCUCGCACAAGCUUUCAAAUUCUGCAAUAAACCAAAAUGAUGAUGAUGAUGAUGAUGAUGAUGCAGUGAAUUUAAAAUGUGUGUGGCAUAUGUAAUGAAGGUUUAAAAUGUCUUUCAGGUACCUGUAAGUCAAUAUUUAAAAUAAACUGUAUGUUAUAGCUUCAAAUGUGUAUUGUAUUCAUAUAUUUGCCUCAUCAAUAAAGGCUUAAACUGA